GUGGCGGCCGCGUCUCUGACCCGCGGGGUCGUGUUUGUGUUUGACCCGCGGGCGCUGGCGGCGUGGCACGCGGCUGAAGCCGGUGCCAGCGGGGCGGGGCCCGGCGCAGCGGAGGCGGAGGAAGACGGAGCGGGAGUCCGGGCAGGCCCGGCGGCGCCAUGGAACUGGGCCCGGAGCCCCCCCACCGCCGCCGUCUGCUCUUCGCUUGCAGCCCCACUCCUCCUGCGCCGCAGCCCACGGGGAAGGUGCUGUUCGGCGCCUCGGCUCCUGACGGUCUGUCCCCUGUCACCAACCUGACGGUCACCAUGGACCACCUGGAAGGGCUGGGCAGCGAGUAUGGGAAACCAAUGGAGGCGAGAAGCAGCAGCAGUCUACAGAGAAUGGGCUCCUCAGAAUCGACUGACUCAGGUUUCUGUUUAGAUUCUCCUGGGCCCUUGGACAGAAAAGAAAACCUUGAAAUUUCCCUGAGGAGAAUAAAUUCCCUACCUAAGCUCUUGGGAUGUAGCCCAGCGCUGAAGAGGAGCCAUUCUGAUUCUCUAGACCAUGACAUCUUUCAGCUCAUCGACCAGGAUGAAAAUAAAGAAAAUGAAGCAUUUGAAUUUAAGAAGCCAAUAAGACCUGCAUCUCGUGGCUGCCUGAAUACACAUGUCCAUGAGGAGAGUAAAGAUCUCUUCACACACAGGCAGAACUCUGCCCCAGCUCGGAUGCUAUCUUCAAAUGAAAAUGAUAGCAGUGGAUCAGGACAUUUCAGUCCUCUCUUUACAGCCCAGUCACCUGUGAAAGCCACUUUGUCUGAUGAGGAUGAUGGCUUCAUAGACCUUCUGGAUGGAGAGAAUCUGAAGAAUGAUGAGGAGACUCCGUCAUGCAUGGCAAGCCUCUGGACUGCUCCCCUUGUCAUGAGAAGACCUACAAACCUUGGCAAUCAGUGCAGGCUGUUUGACUCCCCUUUGCAGUGCAGCUCCAGCAGCAGCUCCAGCACUCGGGCAGUGUUAAAGAGAGCAGACCGGUCUCAUGAGGAGUCUCCUUGGGGAAGCACAAAGCGGAGGAAGAGCAUGGGCAGUCCUGUGAAAACAGAUGCUGUAGAGCCAGCCCAGGAGCUUCUACACCAGUCUUUAUCCCUGGCAUCUUCCCCGAGAGGAACCAUUGAGAACAUUUUGGAUAGUGACCCAAGAGACCUUAUAGGGGAUUUCUCCAAGGGUUAUCUCUUUCAUACAGUCUCUGGGAAGCAUCAGGAUUUGAAAUAUAUUUCUCCAGAAAUUAUGGCAUCUGUUUUGAAUGGCAAGUUUUCCAAUCUCAUUAAGGAGUUUGUUAUCAUUGACUGCCGAUACCCCUAUGAAUAUGAAGGAGGUCACAUCAAGGGUGCUGUGAAUUUACACAUGGAAGAAGAGGUUGAAGACUUCUUACUCAAGAAACCUAUUGUACCUACUGAUGGCAAGCGGGUCAUUGUUGUAUUCCACUGUGAGUUUUCUUCUGAAAGAGGCCCUCGCAUGUGCCGAUAUGUGAGAGAAAGAGAUAGGCUUGGCAAUGAAUACCCAAAACUCCACUACCCUGAGCUGUAUGUCCUGAAAGGAGGAUACAAGGAGUUCUUCCUGAAGUGUCAGUCUUACUGUGAGCCUCCCAGCUACCGACCCAUGCACCAUGAAGACUUUAAAGAAGACCUGAAGAAGUUCCGCACCAAGAGCCGGACCUGGGCGGGGGAAAAGAGCAAAAGAGAGAUGUACAGUCGCCUGAAGAAACUCUGAAGCCAUGUGACAGCAGCCUGAGCUUCCCCUGCCUCUUCCCUUUUUCCUUCGCUGCAGAGCAGUAAGCAAAGGGGUCGGCUGUGCGGUGGUACGUGGAGAAAGAACUGCGGCUUCUGUGCCUUGAACCUGUCUCCUACACUCCCAGGUUGGAGCCCAGCGCAUGCUGUUAAAUUCUUCUGUCCUUAAGACUCCUUCCCUGUCAGGACUGUCUGCCAAGCUG